CAGGUUGUUCCUCGCCCAUAACCCCUCUUUGCGACACCGUCCUUGAAAACACUCUCGGCCCAAAUCUACCACCAGCCAUGGCUCCAAUGCCGGAGCUUUACCCUACGCUUCAUCAAGUGCGCGAGCUCGAGAGUGCAGGCAUUCAGGAUCUUCAAGAGAUUAUCCAAACUUUUCCCAUAAUAGACAACCAUGCACAUAACAUGUUAACCGAGGACAACGCCUUUGGCAGCACGGAAUAUCCAUUUGAAUGCAUCACAUCAGAGGCGCAGGGCCAUGCCUUGACCGACCACGUUCACACCAGCCUCGCGCACAUACGCGGUAUAAAGCACCUGGCCGAGUUCUACCAGUGCCCUGAGACGCUACAGGACGUCAAAGCUGCUAGGUAUGAGUGGAUUCGCAGAGACUAUCCAGGUCUCAUCAAGAGGUGCUUCGAGGGAACACAUGCAAUCAUGAUGGAUGAUGGGCUUAUACCGGAGGUGAUAUACCCAUUCAAGUGGCACAGGCAGUUCGUCCCUACAGUCUCUAGAAUUGUACGCAUCGAAGCCGUUGCGUCGGAGCUUCUGGAACACCUCGCUCAUGCAGCCGGGUUUAUGAGAGUGGGCCUGGACGCCGAUUGGGAUAUCAGCCAGACUGAGAGCUUUCUUGUCCGUUUCAACACUGUCUUUCGCAACCAAAUACGAACCAUGGCCAAUGAUCCAGAUGUACGAGGUUUCAAAUCAGUCAUCUGCUACCGGACAGGCCUAGAUAUCGGCAUAGAAAGCCGGAAGAACUUUCGACCACACCAGUCAUUGACCGACUCGGUCUUACUACGGUCUUUCCAUCACUUUUUGCAAAAGGCCGUUCGUGACUCCAAAUAUCGCAUCGAACAGAAGGAGGUCAAUGAUUUCUUGGUGGUUGCGGUGUGUGAUGUGCUCGAGAAGCUUGUGGACACGGAUGGUGAGAACCUUCCGUUCCAAUUCCAUACCGGACUUGGUGACAACGACAUCAACCUGAUAAAAGCAAACCCGGCCUAUAUGCAACCUCUCAUUGAAGCCUUUCCACAGGUCGACUUCGUUAUUCUCCAUUCCUCGUACCCCUACACAAGAGAGGCAGGCUAUUUGGCUGCCAACUUCUCCAACGCAUGGCUUGACAUCGGGGAGGUUUUCCCCAUGCUUUCCAGAGAUGGUGAAGAAUCGGUUCUGAGACAGGCUCUGGAAUUGACCCCUGCCUCCAAGAUCCUGUGGAGCACCGAUGGGCAUUUUUAUCCCGAGACAUACUGGCUUGCAAACAAGCAUUUCCGAGAAGCACUUGAAAAGGUACUGACGGCAUACGUCGCGGCUGGCGAUAUCAGCGUACCUCAAGCUAUUGAUAUUGCCGUGGAUAUCAUGUUUUGGAACUCCAACUCACUGUACAAAUUGGACGAGGAGCGUAAAUUUCCCGAGCUCUUAAGAGCUUGUGGCAGAGAGACUGUGGACAGCAUGCGGACCUUGGUCAAUGGUGGCUCGAAAGCACCUUCAUUCCGGUCAAACGCAAGCACCACCGUUGCAACACCCGGGAUUCCAUCAGCCCGUCCAGGGUUCUCUUCGUCCCCUGCCACAUUGACGGCGACGAAUCAAAACCUUGCCAUCCGCUCCACAAGCAUCAGCGCACCAUCCGGGCAAAACGCGACGGCCAUGUUCGCCCAGAACUUGACUCAUUUCGAUGCCUUCUUGCAAACGAACCCCGGCGUCAAGUAUAUCUGGAAUCAAUAUCUCGACUACACGGGUACACUGCGCAACCGGAUGGUCACGACGCAACAAUUCCGAAAGCUCAUCGCCACGGGCAAAUACAUGGGCUGUACAACCGCGAUCUCACGUCUCCUUCAAGACGACAACGGUGCCUCUGGCGUGUCCGCGACGGGCCAGUUCAUCCUCGCUCCAGAUUUGUCUACGCUCUCCCUCAAUAAAGGUAUUCCCUCGCCCUCGGCGACGGUGCAGACAUGGUGGAUGCUCGAGUCGGACCACGACAAUCUCAACCUGAGCCACUGGGACCGCUGCCCCCGUUGGCUCCUACAGGCCCAAUGUGACGCGUUGAAGUCCGAGUUCAACAUCUCCAUCCUGAUGGGCUUUGAGCUCGAGAUCGUCUUCAUGCGCCCGACCUACAACGAAGAGAGAUCCGACUUUGCCGACUUUGCCCCCGUGCACAUGGUCCACUCCUGGACGAACAUGACGUUCAUGCAACUCGACAUGUUGCCCGUGAUUGAAGAGAUUGUCGAGAUGCUGGCGGAACUGGACAUCCACGUGCCGCAGUUCCACUCGGAAGCCGCCCCGGGACAAUGGGAGUUCCCCCUGCCCGCCUUUGAGCCCGUCAAGGCCGUCGACACGAUGUACAAGGCGAGGGACGUGAUCCGCAACGUCGCGAAGAAGCACGGCCUCAAGGCGACGUGCUACCCCCGACCGUUCGCCUUCACCUGCGGGUCCGCGAACCACGCCCACUUCAGCAUCAACGGGCCCGGGAACACGCUGGACCGGCACGAGGGUCCGUUCCUGGCCGGGGUCCUCGAGCACCUCCCGGCGAUCCUGGCCUUCGCCAUGCCGAUCGAGGAGUCCUACCGGCGCAUCGGGGCCGGCAUCUGGGCCGGAGGCGAGUACGUGUGCUGGGGGAGCCAGAACAAGGAGGUGCCGCUGCGCAAGUGCGGGCCGGGGCACUACGAGCUCAAGACCAUCGACGGCAUCGGCAACUCGUACCUCUCCAUGGCGGCCCUGCUGGCCUCCGGCCUGCACGGGCUGAGGCAGGACAUGAAGCUCGAGCACCGCGACUGCGCGGGGGACCCGACGGAGAUCGGGGAGGAGGAGAGGGCGAAGCUGGGCAUCACCGUCAAGCUGCCGGACAGCCUGGAGAAGAGCCUGAGGGCCCUCGACCGGGACAAGACCCUCCGGCGCGGGCUGGGGUACGCCGCCGUGGACGACUACCUGGCGACGGCCGAGAGCCUGAUGCAGAAGCUGAGGGGCUUCGGGGAGGAAAAGAGGCGGUUGUGGUUGAUGGCGAGGUAUUAGUCUCACACGGAGAACGUACACUUGAAUAUAGAGGGAGGAAGGAAGUCAGAUACGGGCCCCGUCUUGUCAUCGUGGUCGAGACGACGUUCUAGGUAAUUGAGCGUGCAUGUACAGCAGAGCGAGCGCUAUAUUUCCCUUUUGUUGUUGUUUGGAGCUGCCGGUCUGAGUGCCUGGGUUUGAUUUGCUUCGAGCAAGAAGAUCUGUACGUUGUGUAGGAAACGGCGUUUGCUUUGCCAGG